GUCACCCCCGCGGUCUCCGCCGCUGCUGCCUGCGCUGCUGGCGGUGGAACUUCGCGAGUGGAACGGCAGAGGCGGGCCGGACGGGGCCGCGGGCCUGGCCACUCUGCAAAAUGGAGAUAAUCAGGAGCAAUUUUAAGAGUAAUCUCCACAAAGUGUACCAAGCCAUAGAGGAGGCGGACUUCUUCGCCAUCGAUGGGGAGUUUUCAGGAAUCAGCGAUGGACCCUCGGUCACCGCAUUAACAAAUGGUUUUGACACUCCGGAAGAAAGGUAUCAGAAGCUUAAAAAGCAUUCCAUGGACUUUUUGCUGUUUCAGUUUGGCCUUUGCACUUUUAAGUAUGACUACACAGAUUCAAAGUAUAUAACAAAGUCUUUUAACUUCUAUGUUUUCCCGAAACCCUUCAAUAGAUCUUCACCAGAUGUCAAAUUUGUUUGUCAGAGCUCAAGCAUUGACUUUCUAGCAAGCCAAGGAUUUGAUUUUAAUAAAGUUUUUCGCAACGGAAUUCCAUACUUAAACCAGGAAGAAGAAAGACAGUUAAGAGAGCAGUAUGAUGAAAAACGUUUACAGUCCAACGGUGCAGGCGCUUUGUCGUACGCGUCUCCUAACACUUCAAAAUGUCCCGUGACGAUUCCUGAGGAUCAGAAGAAGUUUAUUGACCAAGUGGUAGAGAAAAUAGAAGAUUUAUUACAAAGUGAAGAAAACAAGAACUUGGAUUUAGAGCCAUGUACUGGGUUCCAAAGAAAACUAAUUUAUCAGACUUUGAGCUGGAAGUAUCCCAAAGGCAUUCAUGUUGAGACUUUAGAAACUGAAAAGAAAGAGCGCUAUAUUGUUAUCAGCAAAGUAGAUGAAGAAGAACGUAAAAGAAGAGAGCAGCAGAAACACGCUAAGGAACAGGAAGAACUGAAUGAUGCUGUGGGGUUUUCUAGAGUCAUUCAUGCCAUUGCUAAUUCGGGGAAACUUGUCAUUGGACACAAUAUGCUCUUGGAUGUCAUGCACACGGUUCAUCAGUUCUACUGCCCUCUGCCCUCGGACUUAAAUGAGUUUAAGGAGAUGACAACAUGUGUCUUCCCCAGACUCUUGGAUACAAAAUUGAUGGCCAGCACACAACCUUUUAAGGAUAUCAUUAACAACACAUCCCUUGCGGAAUUGGAAAAGCGGUUAAAAGAGACACCUUUCAACCCUCCUAAAGUUGAAAGUGCAGAAGGUUUUCCAAGUUAUGACACAGCUUCUGAACAGCUCCACGAGGCAGGCUAUGAUGCUUAUAUCACAGGACUAUGUUUCAUCUCCAUGGCAAACUACCUAGGUUCUUUUCUUAGUCCUCCAAAGAUUCAUGUGUCUGCCAGAUCAAAACUCAUCGAACCUUUUUUUAACAAGCUAUUUCUCAUGAGAGUCAUGGAUAUCCCCUAUCUAAACUUGGAAGGACCAGACUUGCAGCCUAAACGUGAUCACGUCCUCCAUGUGACAUUCCCCAAAGAAUGGAAAACGAGUGACCUUUACCAGCUUUUCAGUGCCUUUGGUAACAUUCAGAUAUCCUGGAUCAAUGACACAUCAGCAUUUGUUUCUCUCAGCCAACCUGAACAAGUACCAAUUGCUGUCAAUACCAGCAGAUAUGCAGAGAGCUAUCGGAUCCAGACCUAUGCUGAAUAUGUGGGGACAAAGCAUGAGGAGAAGCAGAUCAAGAGAAAGUGGACAGAAGAUAGUUGGAAGGAGGUUGAGAGAAAGCGGUUAAACACGCAGUGCAUCUCCUAUGCUUUGCAGAAUCACUGUUACCACGCCAAUAGUCUCACAGCCACCAGCACAGUAGGAAAGAGAAAUCUGAGUCCCAGUCAAGCAGAAGGUGUCCUGGAGGCCAGAGUAUCAGGGGAGAUUUCUGACGCUGAGCUUGAGCAGACAGAUCCCUGUGCAGAAUCCCUCUCAGAGGGAAGGAAAAAGGCCAAGAAAUUAAAAAGGAUGAAGAAGGACCUUUCUCCAACAGGAGCAGUCCCAAGAGAUGCACGUGCAACACAGCCACGAGACUUGGGGCAGAACACUUCAAAUGACCCCUCGCCUGCUCUUCUUAUCCUGUCUGUCUGGACUUUAUCUCAAUAAAUGAGCAGAAGUGGGAAUUCUCACUCUAGUGGAAUUCCCUGUGUUAUUUCAUGUGUUUGGACCUAGUUACCUUUAGGCAUUCCUGUCACUGGCAGUAGCCACUGCCAGCCGAGCGAGUUCCUCUCUGUUUUUAGAAGUUACUCUCCACUUCAGGCAUCAUCACAGACCUCCCCCCUUUUGAACUCUUGGCAUGUUAGCGGCUGGGGCUGGCUUUGCCCUUUUCCCUGCCAGCCCUGCUCUAAGGCUUAAAUAAUGCAUGAUACCACGGGUACGGGAAUGCCCGGUCGUGCAUUUUCCAUCGUGAACACGCUGUUUCCUGACUUAAUUCCCAUUCACUCGGAUCUGGACAUUUGUGGUCCGGCCCUGAUCCAGUGCUGCUGCUGCUGUUGCAGAAAGUAGCUGAAUGCAGAAGGGCUUCUAACUUCGGGGUGAAACUGUUUGUAACGGAAGAGACCCUUCAGUCCGAGAAGACUGUAGCCAGUGUUGCUGAAAUUGGAAAAAGCUACAAGCUGCUUUUGCCCCUUUUGGGAUCUCUGAACUCCCACUGGUCGGCUUCCCGCCACUGUCUAGCCGCCAGCCCCUGAGAUUUCUCAUCUGGGUGCCGGUCACCACGGCACAGAGGAACCCAGCCACCUUGGUGCUGCGGAAGGAUCCAGACCCCAUCCCAGCCACUCGCUAGAUGUCUUGUAUCUGUAAAAUGGGGAUAUUGGUACCCCUGAACUGGGCUUUUAUGAAGAUUAAAUGAACUAAGUGCCCAGCAUGCUGGCUAGCAAAGAAUACAGAGUGUGUUCUCACCGAGAGGUACUGUCACUCCUGUAAAAUCAAGAGAGGCACCCAAGCAGGGAGGCACUUCCUCGGCCCUGCCGUGAUGUUUCUGCAGUGUGGCCUCUUUGCCGGGCACUGCUCUCCAUAGGCAAGGCCCACCCGUGGACUCUCUCCACUUGUGGCCGUGCCAACCACCCGGCCCUGGCCCUGGUCAAAGCUGUCUUUGCAGCUGGUCUUUUUGUUCUCCCCCCCGGGGUGGUCCUCUCCUUGUUCACCUUGUUUUGUCCUCUCC